AUGUUUUUGUACACGGUCAUCAUCUCCAUCUUCCUUUUGGUCGUUCUUCCAUUUCUCUUCCUUACAGUCGUUCUUCGUAAAGGCGGUGAACUUGCAGGAUGGUACAUCCGCCGCAAGACACAGGCCAGGCGAGAGUUGUUACUCUCUCGCGCUGCUGCUGAACACAAGCAGUACGCCUCAGAAGAGGAGAACUCGGGAAAUCAAGAAGAUGAAGAGUGGGAGAAGGCUGAGAGCAGUGCGGGCAAGACUCUUCUUGAGAAGAGCAAACGGGACGGUGAUUGGGAAGGCAUUAUAGGUUUCUUCCAUCCAUUUUGCAACGCCGGCGGAGGUGGAGAACGAGUCCUUUGGGCCGCUAUCCGCGCAACUCAGAAACGCUGGCCCCGCUCCCUCUGCAUCGUGUAUACCGGCGACCAUGACGUAGACAAAGACGCAAUCCUCAGGCGGGUCAAAGACCGCUUCAACAUCCACCUCCAUCCUCCCACGGUUAACUUUGUCUAUCUCACAACUCGUCAAUAUAUCCUCAGUAGCACAUGGCCGCACUUCACUCUUCUCGGCCAAUCACUUGGCUCAUUGAUUGUAGCGUACGACGCUUUUAAUCUCCUUGUUCCGGACAUCUUUGUGGAUACAAUGGGUUACGCCUUCACGCUUGCAUUAUCUAGAUUUCUCUUUCCGGAUGUGCCCACUGGUGCAUAUGUUCAUUACCCCACCAUCUCAACAGACAUGCUCGGCUCGCUGGACGAAAAUAGUGGAGAAGCAGGAAAGGGUGUGAACGCCGGCACCGGUAGAGGUGCCAAAGGGGCGGCAAAGAAGGCGUACUGGCGCUUGUUCGCUCGACUGUACAGCUGGGUCGGCGGCCGGGUAGACGUCGUUAUGACGAAUAGUACAUGGACCCAGAACCAUAUCAAGCAGCUCUGGAGCCCCAGCCGGGCAAGCAACCCUCGAGCGUCGGAAAUCACGGUGGUAUUUCCUCCCGUGGCAGUCGAAGAGCUAGUGGAAGAAAUUGAGGUCAACGAGGCAAGCGAGAAGAGCAGAGAACCGAGUCUGCUGUACAUCGCGCAGUUUCGACCAGAGAAGAACCACCCUCUCAUACUCAAUGCCUUCGCGGAACUCAUGAACUCAAAAGACUGGCCAGACGAUGAAAGGCCAAAGCUCAUACUCAUUGGAUCAGUACGCGACGAUGAAGACGCGAAAAGAGUCUACAAAUUACGGUUGCUAGCAAGAGAGCUGAAUAUCAAGGACGAGGUUGAGUUUAUCUGCGACGCAUCAUGGCCACAGAUACGGGAUUGGCUGCGCAAGGCUAGCAUAGGCGUCAACGGGAUGUGGAACGAGCACUUUGGAAUCGGAGUUGUCGAGUAUCAAGCAGCAGGAUUGAUCAGUGUUGUGAAUGCUAGUGGGGGGCCCAAGGAGGACAUUGUGGUCGACUUGGAUGACGGUCCCACUGGCUUCCAUGCCUCCACAGCAUCCGAAUAUGCGGCCGCUUUUGGCGAGGCACUCGAGCUCGAUCAUCAAGAGACGAUAGCCGUGCGCUUACGGGCUCGGAAGAGCGCGCACAGGUUCACGGAGGAGUCAUUCGCCACUAAAUGGGUUGGCCAGGUUGAAAGACUGGUCCAGCUACGCAGAAAGCUUCAUCCAGACGGCCAAAACUAG